UUACUAGUAUGUCCUAAGCUAACGUUAUUUUAAUCUAGACACCGUAUUCGUAACAAAGUUUUUUUCUUUUUCUGCCUGAAAUAAAAAUUUUCAUUCCACAAAAAAUAUAAAAAUAAGAGGAAGAAAAGUAUUCAUCCUUUUUUUCAAAACAAUGGUUUUUCAUCAAUGAAAAUUGUCAUUCUUUAAUUUAUUUUUUGGGUAAAAAGGAAGAGAGGAAUAUUAAUAAGAAGAAGAAAAGAAAAUUAAAAUUAGAAAAAAGUUAAAAAAUAAAGGAAGAAAUAAUGUCGGCCAGUGAGGAAAAAGAAUAUCAUUUGAGAGAAAAGGAAGAGGAUGUAGUGUCAACGAGUGAUGAGAAAGAUUAUAAACAGAAAAAUGAAACAUUUGUGGAAAAAUUUAGUGUGUGGCGAAAAAAUAUGAUUUGGAGAUAUUUUUGCUUCAUUACGUUAUGGCAUGUUAUUGGUUUUUAUGGAUUUAUCACGUUUCCGUAUUCAACUCAUAAAUUGACAACCUUAUGGAUUGUCAUUGUAUAUCUUUACGCUGUUUUUGGAUUAUGUGGUGGUGCUCAUCGUUACUGGUCACAUCGAUCUUUUAAAGCAAAAUUACCUCUUCAAAUUAUUUUGGCCGGUGGUCACUAUACAGUUGGCAUACUUAGAAUAUACGAUUGGGUUAAAAUACACAGAGUUCAUCAUAAAUAUACGGAUAUGGAUGCAGAUCCACAUAAUGCAUCACGAGGAUUUUUUUACGCUCACAUUGGUUGGUGGGUGCAAAAAAAGAAUCCAGAAUUUUUAAAACGACUCAAAGAAAUUGACAUGAGUGACGUGAAGGCUGAUCCAGUUGCAAAUUUUGGAGAUAAAUACUACUAUAGUAUGUUAACACUAAUGACCGUAAUUUUACCAUCACUGGUACCAAUAUUUUUAUGGAAUGAAAGUUUCUAUUGGGCGAUAUUGUCACAAGCAUUUAUGCGUUAUGUAUUGGCAUUAAAUUCAAUUUUAUUGAUUAAUAGUGCAGCACAUAUGUUUGGAUCAAAACCAUUUAAUAGGUACAUAAUGCCGAGUGAAAAUCGUCUAGUUGUACUUUUAACAACUGGAGAAGGAUGGCAUAAUUUUCAUCACACAUUUCCCUGGGAUUUUCGUGCCGGUGGAAUUGAUAAAUACGACUUUAAUUUAACAUCCUUUUUAAUAAAGCAAUUUGAAAAAAUAGGCUGGGCCUACGAUUUAAAGACAGCAAGUAAUGAUCUUAUUAAAGCGACAUCAAUAAAGAGAGGCGACGGUAGUCACACAAAAUUAUGGGAAGAAGUUCCUGAACCUAAAUAGUAUAAAUUGUAAACUGAAAAUUUUUCCUAUUUUGAGGAUGUAAUUUUUAAUUUAUUUCAUUUCAUUUUAUUUAUUUAUUUAUUAUAAUUAUAAAUAUAAAUUGAAAUUUUGAUUUAAUGUGCCAUUAUAUAUUAAUUUUUUUUAAAUUACAUUUUUUUGUUUCAAAUUAAACAAAGUGCAGUGUUAUUAGUAUAAAUUUAAUUAAUUUUUUUUAAGUUUAUUUAUUGGUUCUUGAUUUAAGAUGAGAGCGAAUAAUCUAUAAAUAUAAUAAAUAUUGUAAAAAAGAAGAUUGUUUUACAAAAUAAAUUAUAAAUUUGUCAUUUUUCUAGGAUAAAAUAAUGUUGGAUAUGUAUAAUUAAGGGGAGGAAAAGGUUUGUAAUUUAAAAUAAAACAAGAAAAUAAUAA